CAUGCACUGACGGACCUUUAUACUGCUCAUAUUUAUUUUCGGAGCUGGGGAAGAUUUCUGUGGUUGUUUUUUGAGGUUUAAAACCUAAACCAAGCGUUUUAGGUUUUAGUUUGGGUAAAUCUGGGAAGAUGCUGUAGAGGAAUGGGCAGCUUGUAUUGUGGAAGUAGAUGCAGAUUGUGACUCGAGGAGAGCAGAUAUCAUUUUUCUCUCUCUCUCUCUCUCUCCUUGUAUAGAGCGUUAGACGCUCUGCCGCCUCUGCGGCGUCUUAAGUUAUUCGCAAACUUCCUCGUUCUGAGAAGAGAGGAGCUCUGAGGUGUGCCGACUACGCCAAGGCUGCAGCUGCCCUGCCGACUACGCCAACCUCCACGCAGACGUUAGGGGCGAGCUAGACUAGGCCAUACCUCUAGUGAGAGAUAGAGAAAGAAAGAGAGAGAGAUAGAGGGAGGAGAGGGGGGGCGGGCGUGCAAGAACGUGUCUGGAAAGGAGAAGAAAGACAGAAGAAAGAGAGACGGAGAGAAGGGUGAAGGAAGAAGGAAGUGAGGUAGACAGAAUGAGACAACUGAGCUGAGUUUAGUUUGUGGAGUUUAAUAAAUGCAAGGGGUAAUACACACACACACACACACACACGCACACACACACGUGUGAGAGUGUAUGAGAGUGUGAGAGUGUGCGCGAGUGUGUGUGUGAGUGUGAGCAUGUGUGUGUGUGUGGUUAGAUAGAGAGUGACCUUUCUCUUAUUAGCUGAGAUGUCGCUGAAGCUGCCUCGCAACUGGGACUUCACCACUCUCCGGGCUGAAACUGCUAAAAUAGCGAGGUCCAAAAGCGUGGUGCCGGGGGACGGGGCCCCGGGGUCUGGCCGGGCCGACGCCAGGAGAUCCAUGGAAAAGCCUUUGAAGAAAGGCUGGCUGAAGAAGCAGAGAUCCAUCGUCAAGAACUGGAAACUGUGCUACUUUGUGCUGAGAGGAAACGUCCUGACCUACCACAAGGAUGACCGAGAGAGCGCCGUACAGGGUACGAUACAGCUGGGUGCAACUCAAGUGAACGAGCUGCCGUCCAACCAAGACGACAAGUUCAUCUUCGAGAUCAUCCCACGUAGUAAUGGGGACCGUGAGCGUGAUGGAUGUGUUCUUAUGGCGACGAGUCAGAGUGAAAUGGAGGAAUGGGUCCGAUUGAUCCGCAGAGCCAUCGGCGCUCCAAACAGUGCAGUGUUCGGGAAGGGUUUAGCGGAUAUCCUGGUGUAUGAGAAGAAGCUGGGUCCGCGCUCGGUGCCGAUGCUGGUGGAGAAAUGUGCGGAGUUCAUUAAGGAGCACGGUCUGGAUGAGGAGGGAAUCUUCCGUCUGCCGGGUCAGGAGAACCAGGUCAAACACUUCAGAGAGGCUUUCGACGCCGGAGAGAGACCUUCCUUUCCCAGUGACACUGAUGUCCACACGGUGGGGUCGUUACUCAAGCUGUACCUGCGGGAGCUGCCGGAGCCGGUGGUGCCGUGGACUCAGUACCAGGACUUUCUGGACAGCAGCCUGAUGCUGGACGCCACCACAGCGGCGGGGAGGGAAAAGCUGGAGAAACAGAUCAGCCUGCUUCCAAAAGUCAACUACAACCUCCUCAGUUACAUAUGCAGGUUCCUGUUUGAGGUGCAGCAGCACUCCAAAGUGAACAAGAUGAGUGUGGAGAAUCUGGCAACCGUGAUGGGAGUGAACCUGUUCAAACCACAAGUGGAGGACGCGAUCAGCAUGAUGAAGGGAACUCCUAUGAUUCAGAAGGUUAUGACGGUGAUGAUUCGGCACCAUGAGCUGCUCUUUCCUGCCCAUAAAGACCUGCCCCCAACUCCGCCUCCCAGCAAGAAGACCAAGAGUCAGAAAGCCAGUAACCCUCGCAGCUUCGUGGGCUGGGAGUCUGCAGAGUGCGAGGUUUCGUCCCUGUCCGAGUCCCCAGAAGAAGAGGAGGUGGACACGCCGGAGAUCGAGAGGAGAGGACAGCAGUCUUUUGACUCAGGCUCAGAGUUUGGACCCAUUUCCCCGUCCUCUCCGUCCUCCUCGUCUCCCACAGGAGGAGGAGACAUGUGGUCUGGAAGCCCCAGGAAGCGGACGCAGACCCUGCCCAGCCUGGGCGGCCCCGCGGUGGGUAAAGUGUCUCGGGAGCCGUCCUGGGACCGCUGGAGCCGCCUGCCGGGGUGCUUCGACGAGAAAGACGAGAAAACGCUGUCUGAGGACAUCUUUAAAAUCCUGGACCUGCAGAAGGUCCAGCUGUUCCCGGGGAGACAGAGCAGUGAGGACAAACCUGCGGCCGAGGAUCCGGUGCUGGAGAGGAGAGGAAGUGAUGUCACCAUCGUUCAGGAGAAUCUUCCGGAAGCGAAAGAGACAGUGGUGGCGACGGCGACGGACACGAAACCACAAGGAAGCCCUCAACAAAGUGCACCAAUCACGGCUAAAGAGGAGAAAGCCACGCCCACUACUGGAGCAUCUCCAUCACAGAACCUCACAGCAAACCAGAAAGACCAGAGUACCGACCAGCAGGACCUUAUCGUCAGUCUCCAGCAGAGGAAUAAGGAGUUGGGUGCGACGGUGGCGGAGCUUCAGUCCCAGCUGGAGGCCGAGCGUCGCCGUAAAUCUGCUCUGGAGAUUCUGCUGCGUAACGCAGAGCGCAGCAGAGACGAAGCUCUGAGACGCAACGAGCAGCUGGACAGGGACAUCCAGGACUUCCUCAACAAGUCCAGAGCUGGACCAGUAUAGGACACUGGACUGCUUUGGACUCUGGACUGUUUUUUGGAACUGGCUGGUAUGAUAAGGAAGUUCUACUGGGUUUAUUGGUCCUUUAAUUUCCGUAGGAUCUGUUUUUUUAUCAGUGGACUGGAAUAAAAGAUUUAGGAGUCUUUAUUUUCUAUUUAAACGCACUUAAAGGACAUUAAUAUAUGAAAUUUAUAAAAUUAGGUAAUAAAGACUGGGUGCCCUCUGCGAGGUAUCAUUUAUUUUUUUUAGUGAAGAUGUUUUAUAAUAUAUCAUAAAUACAGGUGAAACAAUAAUCGGCAGGUACCGAUAGUUGUUUGGGGAUGUGUGUCCGAUGUUUUCAGAACAGAACGAUCUAAUGUUCUAAAAUAAACCCAAACACUGUGUUGGUGUGAAAUACCUGCUAGUGCCAUUGAGUGCUGUAAUUGUGUGAGUGUCAUUGGUUGCUGUAUCUGAGAGAGUGCCAGUGACCUGUGUGAGUGCCUGUGUGAGUUCCAGUGACUACUGUGGCUGCUGCACCUACAAAUGCCAAUGGCUGCUGUACCUGUGUGAGUGCCAAUGAGUGCUGUAUUUGCAUGUGUCAGGGCUUGUUCCACCUUUGUGUGCCAAUGAGUGCUGUACCUGUGUGAGUGCCAAUGAGUGCUGUGUUUGCAUGUGUCAGGGCUUGUUCUACCUUUGUGUGCCAAUGAGUGCUGUACCUGUGUGAGUGCCAGUGACUGCUGUGGCUACUGCACCUCCAAAUGCCAAUGGCUGCUGUACCUGUAUGAGUGCCAGUGAUCGAUCUACCUGUGUGAGUGCUAGUGACUGCUGUACCUGUGUGUGUGCCAAUGAGUGCUGUAUCUGUAUGCAUCAGGGCUUGUUCUAACCGUGUGAGUGCCAGUGAGUGCUGUACCUGUGUGAGUGCCAUUGGUUGCUGUAACUGUGUAAGUGCCAGGUACCUGUGCGAGUGCCAAUGAGUGCUGUAUUUGCAUGUGUCGGGGCUUGUUCAACCUAUGUGUGCCAAUGAGUGCUGUACCUGUGUAAUUGCCGGUGACUGCUGUACCUGUAUGAGUGCCAUUGACGGCUGUACCUGCAUGUGUCAGGGUUCAUUUUACCUGUGAAAAUGCCAGUGACUGCUGUACCUGUGUGAGUGCCAGUGAAAGCUGUACCUGAGUGCCAGUGCCUGCUGUACCUGUGAGCGCCAAUGACUGCUGUACCUGUGUGAGUGCUAGUUACUGCUGUACCUGUGUGAAAGUGCCAGUGCGUGCUGUACCUGUGUGAGUGCCAUUGGCUGCUGCACCUACAUGUACCAAUGGCUGCUGUGUGUCAGUGACUGCUGUACCAGAGUGUGCCAGUAAUACUUUAGAAUUAAUGUAAUAUAAUUUUUAAUAAAAGUUUUUUUGUUAAGAAGUGAUGUGAAGUGUGUUC